AUGGACCAGGGGUCGGUGGAGGCCGAUUGGGGACAGCCGGGGCCAUCUCUUGGACGGCGAUCUGGCGAUGAGGCUCCUUUUGAGUUUGAUAUUGGACAUAGCGGAAUGGCAGAGGCAAAUACCGAAGGGAGAAAUUCUAGCACGAUGGCCGAUGUGCUCGAGCGCAUCCUCCAGCUUGAGUCGGAUCGAGACUUGGGCAGCAUUGUCAAUCGCAUUCGUUGCGUUGCCUCCACCAAGACCGUUGCAGAGAACGAGGCCCGUCCUACUCGAGUCUCGGCCCAGUUCCCGAAACAGAUCGAGCCGUACGCUACCAUGGACCAUGAGCCGCAUGGCACGCCGCCCCGUCUCUCCGGAACGGGAUGA